AGUCUGUUAGUAGUUAACACGGCGACACUCCGCGGUUCGCGUUUGAUUCAUAAUUUUGGUUGUAAUUAUUUGAAGAAAACCUUUAAAAAAUGUCUACAAUGUCUCACGGAAAGAAGCGAGUUUGCUACUAUUAUGACAGCGAUAUUGGAAAUUACUAUUAUGGUCAAGGCCACCCUAUGAAACCACAUCGCAUAAGGAUGACACAUAAUUUGCUACUCAACUAUGGUCUUUAUAGAAAGAUGGAAAUUUAUAGACCACAUAAAGCUACUGCUGAUGAAAUGACAAAGUUUCAUAGUGACGAGUAUAUUAGAUUUUUAAGAUCGAUCAGGCCAGACAAUAUGUCGGAAUAUAACAAACAAAUGCAGAGAUUUAACGUGGGUGAAGAUUGUCCUGUUUUCGAUGGCUUGUAUGAAUUCUGCCAAUUGUCAGCCGGUGGUUCUGUAGCAGCUGCAGUAAAACUUAAUAAACAAGCAUCAGAAAUUUGUAUUAAUUGGGGUGGUGGAUUGCAUCAUGCCAAGAAAAGCGAAGCAUCAGGUUUCUGUUACGUAAAUGACAUUGUACUCGGAAUUUUGGAAUUACUUAAAUAUCAUCAAAGAGUUUUAUACAUUGAUAUUGAUGUUCAUCACGGUGAUGGUGUUGAGGAAGCAUUUUACACAACAGAUAGAGUAAUGACUGUUUCUUUCCAUAAAUAUGGAGAGUAUUUUCCUGGUACAGGAGAUCUCAGAGACAUUGGUGCUGGCAAGGGUAAAUAUUAUGCGGUCAACAUACCUUUACGGGAUGGCAUGGAUGAUGAAAGUUACGAGUCCAUUUUUGUACCCAUAAUUUCAAAAGUUAUGGAAACUUUCCAACCGUCAGCAGUUGUUUUACAAUGCGGAGCAGAUUCCUUGACAGGUGAUCGACUUGGUUGUUUUAAUUUAACCGUAAGAGGACAUGGAAAAUGUGUAGAAUUUGUCAAGAAAUAUAAUCUACCAUUCUUAAUGGUUGGAGGAGGUGGCUAUACAAUAAGGAAUGUAUCUAGAUGUUGGACAUAUGAAACAUCUGUGGCUCUAGGAACAGAAAUAGCUAAUGAACUUCCAUACAAUGACUAUUUUGAAUACUUUGGACCUGAUUUCAAGUUACAUAUAAGUCCAUCAAAUAUGGCUAAUCAAAACACACCUGAAUACCUUGAGAAGAUAAAAACAAGAUUAUUUGAAAACUUAAGAAUGUUGCCUCACGCGCCGGGUGUUCAAGUGCAAGCGAUUCCGGAGGAUGGUGCUGUUAUCGAAGAUUCAGAAGCAGAGGAGAAAAUAAAUCCUGACGAAAGAUUAUCGCAAAGAGAUUUAGACAAAAGGAUACAACAUGAAAAUGAAUAUAGCGACAGCGAAGACGAGGGUGAUGGUGGUAGAAGAGACAACAGGUCUUUUAAAAAUUCCAGAAAACGGCCAAGACUAGAAAAGGGUCAGGAAGGUAUAGAUAGUGAUAUAAAAAAAGAAGAGGAUAUCAAAUCUGAAGUUAAAGAGAACGAUAAGGACGAGAAAAUGAAUGUUUCGAAUGAGGAGACGAAAAAAGAUGGUGGGGCGAAUCCCUGAUAAAUAAUAGCAUCUACUCGACGAAAUUAUUACAGAGGUCUUUAUUUAAAUCGAAUUUAAAUAAGCUUAGGUAACUUAAGUGCUAAGGGGCACGUGGUGUACAGAUAUUCGUUACCUUAAGACCAUCAUCCCAUAAUCCGAAAAUCACUUUUUUUCAACUUUUAUACGAUAGAAACAAAAGAUAUAUACUUUAUUAUAAGUAUUCGAUUAUAUUCGUUCGUAAAACAUAAUAACGUAUACUGAAACACACGUAUAUCAGCGUGAUUUUGACGCUUCGUGUUUUUAAUUUUCUUUAGAAUUUCCGUAUAUUCUUUUUUAUUGUUCUUUAUUAUUAUUAUUAUUAUUAUUAUCUUUAUCUUUAUUUUUUCCUUAUAAAUAUUUAAUAUAGCAAUUUUGAUGAAAAGAAAACAUUUGAAAUCUAUUUAAAUAUUCUUAAAAUAUUUAUAGUGACUUAAAUCUUUUUUAAAUACUUCUAAAGAUAUCAAUUAAUUUCUUCAGACAUAGAUCGGUAAUACGAACGAAAUCAUAAAGUUCUUGAUACCAAGGUAACAGUCAAUUCUAACAUAUAUACUCUACAAAUAUCAUAUAUAUCAAUUUUAAAAAGAAAUGUUCUAUGUGAUCGAAUUGAUUGUGUAUCUUAUCUAUUUCUCAGGAUAUUAUUUCAAUUGAAUGACGACAUGACAAGCUAACGCGCAAUUUAACAUAGGUGCAUUACAGUACGUUCACACGAUCCAGGUUUUUUGACCGUAUUUCGGUAAUUUUGCUAAAUAAGCGUCGAACGUUAGUAAAAGUCCGCACCCCUACACACAUUAAAAUAUGUUGGGAUGUGAGCACGCAUCAACUCCAAGGUUUUAUGAAAUGUGCAUCAAUUCCAAUUUGCUUCCACAUUAUUGAAUCUUCUCAUCGUGUUAUUUCGUGAUACCAAUGUCAAAACACUUUUAGCUGUAUCAAUGCAAGUACUUCUGAUACCGAUUUAUAUACAUCGCGGCAUGUGUGUAUCAUAAAACUUAGGAAUCGACACACAUAUCCCAACAUAUUUUAACAUUUUAAUCGUACGGAGGAGGACUUAACGUUCACACGAUGCAGUUUCUCGAUCACGCGUCAAUCUUUCCUUAAACUUUUUUGUUAUGUUUGAUUAAAUAAUCAAAUAUCCAAGUACACUGAAUCUAUGCUGCUGCUGCAUUUACUGAUAAGACUUUUCAAGAUAUUUUCUUUAUCCAAAUAUUUAAAAUUAUCUGAUCGAUAAAACUUUACUGUAUACGGUUGACCAAACGGUAUCAUGUGAACAUGUACAUAUAAAACGUAUGCCCUAUUGCAGAAGACAGUAAAAAACUGAUUAAAAAAAAAAACCUAUUUGGUGUCAUGUGAACGAUCUGUUUGCUAGAUUAGUUAAUGCAAAGGGAUCAUGGGAUAAUUAAAUUUUUUGCUUCCUAUUUCUAUUCUUGUACAUAAUAUAAUGCUAAUAUUAAAAAAAAUGAAAUUCUCUACACGCAAUAAUAAUAUUAAUAAUUAUAAUUAUAUCAUAUAAUGAUGAUCGCAAACGAAAAUGACACAACAAA